GAAGAGCGGCGGGGAGGCCAAGACGAACAUGCCACGGCACAGAGCAGGGAGGGAGGGAGGGAGGGAGGAAAGGAGGGAGGUCAAAGAACGGCGGUAACACACGCCGAUCGCGCCACGGCACAGAAUCUGGCCACUGCGGAACCCGGCACCCCAAGCUGCGUCGCAGCCCGGGCCCUCCAAAAAGCUCCUGCUCGCCCCGCGGCGGGGAGGCGUCGAAACUGCCCCCGCUGUGGGCUGCCCUCCAGCCGUCGAAUGGAGGCAAGAAGGGCUCCUGACCUGGACCUCGGAAGGGUCGCGCGGCGGAGAGGCCGCGCCGAUCACGUCACGGCAGAGAACAUGGCCAGGACGAGAAGGACGAGGAGGAAGGGGAGGAGGAGGAGGAGGAGGAGGAGGAGGGGAGGAGGAGGACGGAACCCGGCACCCAAGCUGUGCCGAAGCUCGGGGCCUCCAAAAAGUUCCUGGUCGCCCAGCGGCGCGCUGCCGCCGCCACACGGAGAAGGCAGGAGCUGUACGCCCUCGCGCGCCUUGCUGGGUCCCGGCGCAGACGGCGCCAGAGAACGGAAAAACUGCGAGCUGAUGUACGCUCGCCACGGGGGCGUGACCGGCCCCGUGACACGCUCUGGCGAGCGGCCAAAGGCCCCCGAUCUUUUUGGGCCUCCCACGCUGGGGAUGCAGGACCGUCAAAGACCUGCGCAGCCCGUGCUGCGCAGACUCGCCUCCAGCACCAGAGCAGGAACAGGAAAGAGGAAUACAGUGGAGGCCAGUCCACAAACUUGCUCGCCCGCUGCCUGCGUGAGCGGGCGGGCUCGCGGCCGCCUCUGCCUGCGCCCCGGCCGCCGUGGCCCAACGGCUCCUCCAGGGCGGGCGAGGUACUCAGAACCCGAGCUUCCUCGCAAGUCUGGAGGAGGGGGAGCUGAAGGAGGAGGAGGAGGAGGAGGAGGAGGAGGAGGAGGAGGGGAGGAGGAGGACGGAACCCGGCACCCAAGCUGUGCCGAAGCUCGGGGCCUCCAAAAAGUUCCUGGUCGCCCAGCGGCGCGCUGCCGCCGCCACACGGAGAAGGCAGGAGCUGUACGCCCUCGCGCGCCUUGCUGGGUCCCGGCGCAGACGGCGCCAGAGAACAGAAAAACUGCGAGGCGGGGAUUUAUCCAUAUCCACCGCCUGGGAAGCGACGUCCUGGUGCCCCAGCGGGCGGCGGAUAUGGAUAUAUUUCGGCCCCCAGGGGCCCGAAUAUGUCCAUAUCAACCGCCUGCCGAAGCUCCGAAAACUGACCCUCCAGGCGGUGGUCAUUUAUAA